GGGAGGGGGAGCCGGGCUGCCGGCCCUGCGCAGGCGCCACCAUGGUGAGGAACAGGGCGCUGUGGAGCUGCUGCCUGGAGCUCCUGGCGCUGCCUUCAGCGGCUGGCGGCUUGUCAGGUAGGAGGCAGCAGCCGCAGCCGCGUUACGGCUCCUGCUGGGGAGUCGCGGCGCAGCCGGGGGAGAGGAGCCGCCGCCGCGCCAUGGAGGAGGAGGAGGAGGAGGACGAGAGCGCCCAGCCGCAGCCCGAGCGCUCUUCAUCAAAAGACAUGGAUGAGAAGGCAGAUGAAGAGCAACCUUCAACUGCUUGUAACCAGUACCCUAAGGAAGCAGUAAGGAAACGACAAAAUUCAAGUCGAGGUUCCAGAGGCAGUGACUCGUCCAGGACGUCCAGAAAAAGCUUCAGAUUGGAUUACCGUUUAGAGGAAGAUGUAACUAAAUCAAAGAGAGAUAAAGAUGGAAAGUUUGUCAACCCUUGGCCAACAUGGAAAUCUCCAUCCUUGCCAAAUAUUUUGAAAUGGGCCCUUGUCGAAAAAAAUAACAGCAACAUCCCAUCUUCAAAACAGGAACUUGAUAAAGAGCUUCCUGUGUUAAACCCUUACUUCAUUCCAAACCCUGAACUAGUUGGUAAGACUGGAACUGGCAUGCGAGUCACAUGGUUAGGACAUGCCUCAGUUAUGGUGGAAAUGGAUGGACUUGUAAUUCUUACUGACCCCAUCUUCAGCCAGCGGGCUUCCCCAGCACAGUUUGUGGGUCCAAAACGUUUCCGAGGACCUCCAUGCACAGUAGAUCAGCUCCCAAAAAUAGAUGCAGUAAUGAUCAGCCACACCCACUAUGACCAUUUGGACUAUAAUACUGUAGAGAGUUUAAACAAGCGUUUUGGCACUGAGUUGAGAUGGUUUGUGCCUCUGGGUCUUUUAGAAUGGAUGCAGAAAUGUGGCUGUGAAAAUGUGAUUGAACUGGACUGGUGGGAAGAGAAUUGUGUCCCCGGUCAUGAUGCAGUUACUUUUGUCUUUACCCCAUCUCAACACUGGUGCAAGAGGACUGCAACAGAUGACAACAAGACUCUUUGGGGCAGCUGGUCUGUCUUGGGGCCCUGGAAUAGGUUUUUCUUUGCAGGAGAUACUGGUUACUGUGUUGCUUUUAAAGAGAUAGGCAACAGAUUUGGACCUUUUGAUCUUGCAGCUAUUCCCAUUGGAGCUUAUGAACCAAGGUGGUUUAUGAAAUACCAGCAUGUGAAUCCUGAAGAAGCUGUAAGAAUUCAUAUUGAUGUUCAGUCAAAGAAGUCUGUAGCGAUUCAUUGGGGAACCUUUGCUUUAGCAAAUGAGUAUUACUUGGAUCCUCCAGUUAAAUUGAAUGAAGCCCUUGAAAGAUAUGGCUUGAAACCUGAGGAUUUCUUUGUCUUGCACCAUGGAGAAUCACGAGACUUGAAUAUAAAUGAUGAUGGAUUUGAAUAAUAAUU